AUGCUGAAAUUAGGAGCUGCAACACCAUCGACACGUCAGAGGAGGCAGUAUGGCGGAUAUACUAUCGGAAGCCAGAACAAUUACCCCGGCGGACCAUCAGGACAGUCUUCUAUAAAUGGAGAUUUGGAAAAGGGAAAGCAGGUUUUGGAGAAGAAUACAGAACAGUUGAGCAGUGUAUCAGGUGCCUCUACUGAAGACAAAGCUCAAGAAAACGGGUUGCCAAAUCAUUCACAAACUACACAAGAAAUGCUGCGUUCUGGGCUGCCACGUAAAAACCCGACGUGCAGCUGCAACACGCAAAACAAUUGCCCUCCUGGACCAGUGGGACCACCAGGGCCGAAGGGUGAAGACGGCAUACCGGGACUACCAGGAAUUGACGGGCUUGACGGGGAAGAUGCAGAAGAUAUUAAUGACAUACCUUUCUCUGUAAGUUCUGCAGUCGAUGAGCCAAAACUAAUUUAG